UAUUCAACCGUAGCCACAGUUGCCUUCAAAUUAGUUCAUAGGAACAAAAGUUGAUAAAUAUCAUUGGCUGAACUAGAGCGACAUAAUUGAAUUUGUGAAACUAUGAGUGACCGUUUUCGUUAGAAAUACACAUCCAGCAUGCGUUUCCGUAGUCGCCGUCGUUGCCUCUUAAAAUUUGUACUUUGUAUCGCUCUCAUUUACAUUUCAUUGGCCAUAGUCACUCAACAAAUAAGCGUCAAGUUAGUCGUUCGCGAUGUGAUUUAUUUGAGUAGACCGAUUUGGGACAGGCCUGGCAGUCAGCCAGAAAUAAUCAUUCCACAUUUUCACUCCGACUCACUGCCAUAUUCCGAACUUUGUCCACUUCACGGUUGGAAGGAGCGCGAGUUAAGUGAGGGGGUUAACAGUGCACCGAAAGUGAUUGACGCUGUGAUAUUUAGCAUAGAGUUAGACAUUAUCGAAAUUAGAAUGCGGGAGCUGUGGGAUGUAGUGGACAUAUUUUUGGUGGUGGAAGCCGAUAGAACAUUUACGGGAGCGCAGAAACCGUUAUUUCUCGAUGAAAACAUUCAGAGAUUCAAAUUUGCGGAAGAGAAAUUACGGCACGUCAUUAUUCGAAAUAAGUUGAAUCAAAAUCCGUCCAGUGAUUUUGAAAAUGAAAUUAUAAUGAGGCGCGAAAUGACACAUGCCAUCUGGUCACUCCGGCCCAAGUAUGGCGAUUUGAUUAUAGUGAGCGAUGUUGAUGAAAUUCCAUUUAAGGAGACGAUUAAGCUACUCAAAAACUGUGAAGGAUAUUCCAAGGAACUGCAUUUGCAAAUGAGAAACUACGUCUAUUCGUUCGAAUUUUACAGCGACACCACGAAUUGGAAGCCUCAUGUUGACACAUUUAGUGGCAAUUUUCGAUACCACCACGGAAAGCCUACAGAGUCCCGCAUUUCGAAUUGGACAUUGGAAGAUGCAGGCUGGCACUGUUCUUUCUGCUUCCGAUAUUUGUCAGACUUUGUCUUCAAAAUGACUUCAUUUUCGCAUAGCGAUCGAGUCACGGCAGACCAUCUACUAAAUAAGGAAAAUAUCCAGAGAAAAAUCUGCGAUGGAAGCAAUAUCUUUGACAUGUUUGAAGAAGCCUAUACAUUCAAAAAGUUGAUCAGCACACUAGGCCAGCGACCACGGCAAUUGAGUACACUGGGGAUCCCUAGUGCUGUCAUGGAUCAGCACAAAUAUUUCAAAUUUCUUUUGCCUGGCGGUUGUAUUCGGGAAGAUGCCCCGCCCGUUAAGACUUAGAUGAUCCAGAUUAUGAUUCGUGUGCGUGACGAGGUCAGUAGUGUUGACAAAUAAAUUUU